AUGUUGCUCUUAAUUGUUUUUCCAAAUAAUACAUGCCAAUUUUUCAACACUUUUCCACUUAUUUACAAAAUUCAGUUGACAUUGCAAGCUCAUCUUUAUUUUCUUCAAGGAUUUUUUCCCAAUACAAGUCAAUCUUGUUUUUCUGAUACCAGUUGCUUACUGAAUAGAUUCAAUGCAUCUAAUAAGAUUUAUACCCCGGUAUCAGAUUCUCGUUCAUUGUUUAUUGACAAUCAUGGAUUUUUAGUUACAGUUUCUGAAAAUACGCUUACUCCUGCUCGUUUGUAUGCUGGAAAUUUAAGUUUAGUUAGUAAUCCAUUAUGUGAACCAUUUAAGGAUGUGCCUUAUGGUGUAGCCUUUUAUAAUGAAACUUAUUAUGUUGAAUUUUCUAAUUACAUUUUAGCUAUUGGUAGUAAUAAUUUGACCAUACUUCAAAAUAUUACAGCAUCUUAUUUAAACGGAGCUCGUUAUAUGAUUUUUUCAAGCAAUGGGGAAUUAAUGAUUGCAACUUCUAUGAGUAAUAGUUAUCUCUUAUUUUUUAAUCAAACAGGUAAUCGGUCUAGCAAUUAUAGUUUUAUUAAAAGCCAAUUGGUAAACUAUAGUCAUCCAUUUGGAUUAUGGCAUGUGAAUGAUUCUUAUUUUUACGUAACAUCAUUGACUGGCAAUGCAAUUUAUGCAUAUUCUGCUAUUAAUAAUGGUCUUGCAUGA